CAAACACUGAGAAAUGAUUCAGUGAAUCACGACACGUGCUGCACAAACAGUGAACAUGAACGAGAACAACAAACACUAACAAACUAACUAAUCAUGUUUUCAUCAGUCAUAAAUACCUAAAUAUGAAGUCUAUUAAUUUGCAGCGUUAGUUUUUAGUGUGGGGUUUGUUUGUUUUUUGGUCUAACCGGGUCAUUAGACCAAUAGGCCUAACUGUUAAUUAUUCUCUUCUUAAAGAUGGCGUUUAAAAAAGAGGAGGAGAGUGAAGAUAUGAAGAUGGAGUUUAUUAAAGAGGAGACUGAAGACAUGAAGAUGGAGUUUAUUAAAGAGGAGGAGAGUGAAGAUAUAAAGAGUGAGUUUAUUAAAGAGGAGACUGAAGACAUGAAGAUGGAGUUUAUUAAAGAGGAGGAGACUGAAGAUAUAAAGAUUGAGCUUAUUAAAGAGGAGAGUGAAGACAUGAAGAUUGAAGAAACAUUCAGUGUGAAACAUGAAGAUACUGAGGAACAAACAGACCUAAUGGCACUGAGAGAGAUGACUCAUGAACUUAAUGAAAGGGAAGAUAAUUUAAUGACUGGAGAAAAAUCAACAAAGGUUUCCUUACAAAAAGGAGCUCAAAGUUAUUUAACCUGCCAACAGUGUGGAAAGACUUUUGAUCAACAUAGAAACCUUCAAGUCCACUUGAGAGUUCACACUAGAGAGAGAGCCUUCACUUGCCAACAAUGUGGAAAGAGUUUCAUACAUAAAAAACACCUUAAAGUUCACAUGAGAACUCACACUGGAGAGAAACCAUUCACCUGCCAGCAGUGUGGAAAGAGUUUCAGUCGAAAAGAAAACCUUAAGGGCCACAUGAUGAUUCACACUGGAGAGAAGCCUCACACCUGCACUCUGUGCGGGAAUGGCUUCACACGGGAACGAAGCCUCAGGCAACACAUGAGAACUCACACUGGAGAGAGCCCGUUCACCUGCCAACAGUGUGGAAAGAGUUUCAUUAGAAAUGAAAACCUUAAAGUCCACAUGAGAAUUCACACUGGAGAAAAGCCUUUCACCUGCCAACAGUGUGGAAAGAGUUUCAGUCAAAAAGGAAACCUUAAAGACCAUAUGACAAUUCACACUGGAGAAAAGCCUCAAGCUUUGUUUCAUUAUUCACUAAAAUCGAAAUAAAAUUGAACAGCUCAAUAUUGCAAUAAAUCAAGGUUGACACAACAGCCUCUAAAAGUGUGAAACUCUCGCAGUUCACAAAGAUUACUCCUACGUCCUAUGCCUUCUCUAUAGGUUGUUUGCACAUGACGUCAUUGCUGAACGCGAAAUGUGGCUGGAGGGCAAGGAGUAAUUUACUAUAUAGGAAUCUUAUUACAAACUCAAAAUUCCUAUUUUUUGCAUCGUUUAUGGUUGCUCAAAUAUAUCAAACCGAGAAACCAGAAUGAGCUUUUAUCUUUUACGUAACUUGUAUCUUUUUUUAACUUUAAAAGUUGUCACCUUUUAUAGCAUCUUGUGUCUGCUUAUACUGAAAUGAAUAUGGAACCAGCUUACCUUAUUUGUUUUUGGCUUGGUUAAAUAUUAACAUUCUUCAUGGUAUCGUUUGCAGGGAAGAGAAGAUAUUUUAUCCCAUUGAAUGAUAAUUUGGUGUUUUUUACUUCAGUUUUGUAGAAUUCCGUUUACAAUGUUGAUCUGGUUACCAUGAGAACAGUGUCACACGCUGCUACUUCAGCCAUUAUAUGGUAGAAAAUGUCCAAAUAAAUAAAUGUGUUCAACAAGCU